ACCUGCCCCUCAGUGGCACCCUGGAUGCCGUCACUCUCCAUCGCAUGAGUCUCCCUCGCUGUGGCGUCAAUGAUGCGGAGAGCCACACGGCGUGGAAGGAGCGCAUGGAUGCGGUCUUCUCAGGAGGGAAAGCCAGGAAGAGUCGCAGGAAACGGUACUUGCAUCAGAGUGGCAAGUGGUAUAAACGACACUUGACUUACCGGCUAAUCAACUGGCCUUGGUAUCUGCCAGAGCAGCAGGUCCGUCUGGCAGUGAAAGCUGCUUUUGAGCUCUGGAGCAACGUCUCUUCCUUGGUUUUUUGGGAAGUAGCAGAAGAGCCUGCAGAUAUUCGCCUGACGUUCUUCUACGGGGAUCACAAUGAUGGAGUUGAGAACGCCUUUGAUGGUCCAGGGGGCGCUCUGGCACAUGCCUUCUUCCCACGCCGUGGCGAGGCCCAUUUUGACAAUGCCGAGAGAUGGUCCCUGGACAGUGGGAAAGGCCGUAACCUCUUUGUGGUGAUGGCCCAUGAAAUUGGUCAUACGCUGGGCCUGGAGCACUCCCCCGUAUCCAAUGCUCUUAUGUCCCCUUACUACAAGAAGCUGGGCAAGGGUUUUGUCCUGAACUGGGAUGAUGUUCUUGCCAUUCAGAAUUUAUACGGAAAACCCUCCCGAGGCCCGAUAGUCCAACUUCCAGGAAAAUCAUUUGCUCGUUUCCAGGAUGGGAAGCAUUACCUUGAAAAUAGGGAACAGAAUCAAGAGGCAAAUUUCAGGUUCCAUUACUGCUUGUCAUUUUUUGAUGCCUUAACUGUAGAUAUGGAAGAUAAUCUGUACAUCUUUAAAGGCAAGUAUUACUGGAUUGUAUCCAAAGGAGAGUCUGCUGCUGGUCCAUACCUUCUCCAGGCCAAAUGGCCAGAUCUCCCUUCUGCCAUUGAUGCUGCAGCCUUCUCAGAGAAAGACAGGAAAUUCUACUUUUUUAAAGGUGGCCGAUGCUGGCGCUACAAAGGAUCUUUCCUAGAAGUUGGUUUUCCCCAAAAGUGCAGCCUUACUGGUGAUCUCCCACGUCACCCUGACACUGCCCUGUUCUUCCAGCCACUCCGUCAGCUGGUGCUUUUUAAAGGACCUAAGUAUUAUGUAGUCAAUGAGGAGACCCUCCAAGUGGAACCUUAUUAUCCCCGAAGCUUGAAAGACUGGGGAGGGGUUCCAACUUUGGCAAAUGGAGCUCUCACACAUCGGGAUGGCUUUGUAUACUUCUUUCGAAAUGACCAGUUCUGGAAAUUCAACCCAGAGAAGCUAGAAAUCGUAGAAACUGGAAAAUGGGCUGUUCAGCUGAGGUGGCUAGGCUGUCAGGAUGUCAGUCUAAAUCAAGCUGGGGCCUGAUCUUUCUGUUUAUCU